AUGGAGCAGAAGCCAAAUAGCGAAGUUGUGGUGUUUGGGACAUGGGCAAACUCAAUAAGCGGCAGAGUUGAGCUAGCCCUGAAACUUAAGGGCAUACCUUAUGAGUAUGUAGAAGAAGAUCUGGCAAACAAGAGUGAGUUGCUUCUUCACUACAAUCCUGUCCACAAAAAGGUACCUGUCCUUGUUCACAAGGGCAGGCCGAUUUUGGAGUCCCUUGUCAUCCUAGAAUACAUUGAUGAGAACUGGACUUUCCCUCCAAAGAUUCUGCCCCAAGAACCUUUUGAGAGGGCCAAAAUCCGCUUUUGGGCCAACUUUUAUGACCAGAAGAUAAUACCAGCCAUAUACACCAUUGGAGGAUCAAAAGGGCAAGAAAGAGAGAAAGCCAUCGAAGAGUUGAGCGAGUUGCUGGGGGUAUUUGAAGAAGGAAUCCAGAAAGAUUUUCCGGGAAAAUCACCUUUCUUUGAUGAUGAUGGUAACGUUAGCUUUCUUGGGAUUGUAGUCAACUCGUACGCAUGCAGCUAUCCAGCUUUCCAUGAAGCUGUUGCGAUGAUCAUUUCAUCUGAAAAGAACCCAACAUUUCUGUCGUGGGUAAAUUCUCUUAGGGAAUGCCCUUUGAUCAAAGAAACGCUUCCUGAUCAUGACAGAUUGGUUGAUAGGCUCAAGGCUUUUCAAGCUCGAAUACUGUCUUGA